UGCUCCUGCUUCAUCUGUGAAGACGACAGAGAGAAUGACACCCUCCUCGACUUGCGCCUUGAUGGUCGCAACAUCGUGCUUGACUCAUUGUAUCCUCACAUUGCACCCCAUAUAGUCAUAACUCCCCCUGUCUCUUACGCAGACGACUUUUACACACCGAACCAAAACCGGGUUGAUCCCCAAUGGCCAUGUUUCCUCAACGUGCCCCGUUUGUCCCCUCACAUGUUCUACCAUCAUUGUCCUCUUCCAUCAUCCCACGAUGAACCGGCUGGCUGUGAUUCAAAAGGAUUCCAUUCACAGUCCGUAGCCUCGUCAGGCGACCUUGAUGUUAUUCAGUCGGAAACUCGCGUAUUCAGUCACAAGAGACUUCUUCUCGCUGUCGAAGCUUCUUCCAUUGAAAGACUAGUAUUCCGCAAGAUAGUCGACGGGAUAUUCCGACAUCGCCGUAAAGCUGUGGCAUUCGAAGCAGCCCUCUCGGCGUCCGCGGUUUGCGCGCGAUUUAACAAAUCGGGGGCUGCAUCCCACUUGGAAAGACCCUUUGUGUGGACUGAUCCUGCUCAGCCUAUCCUACUCGCCUCUAGACAUUUCCCGGGCAUCUCUAUCAUUGAGUCCGACUGUCCCUUUAGGGCGCCCCAUAUCAUCAUCAUUGCAGCAGAGCCCCACGACCCAUGGAUCUCAUGGAGCAACAGGGUCGAGGACCAAGAUUACGAGUACCUCCCUGUCUAUCCCAAGCGGAGUUCGACACCUCCGAUCAACACCGCUUCCCUCGCCACCGUCUCCGUUCCUGGUCCGCACCAUCACGUCGACCCUGAUAACGGCUUCAUUGAGCCCCACUCUGACCACUCGCGGGAGUGUCAUUUGAUAGACAUUCCUCCGCCCCUUGACGAAUCGGGGUGUCUUCUCACACUAUACGAAAAGGGGUGUAUGACUUGUACCGAGUGCCCGCAUUCUACCCCAGACGUCGACGGGCUUACGGCUUCAGAACGAAUGUCUGAUGGCCUCUCUAUCAUUCGCUGUGAGACGCCCACGCCGGAUUUUGACGACGAAGAAGAAGAAGACGACCUCCCCCCGUUUGAUGAUUGGUACCUGUCCGUUAUCGAGCGCUCAAAAGUUAUUGACACUUAA